CAACGUAACAGAAGUAAAUGCAGUACUCGAAAUUGCACACGAUAAGAUUAAUAUUGAUAACAUCAUAAUAUUAACUACUCAUUAUUCACAGACAAAUCGUCGCGUCGUCACAAUCGAGAAUAGUUCCUCGAAUAAUAGUCAUCCAAAAUUAUGGCAAUUUUAUUAAAUACCAUUAAUAUGGCAACGCAAUUUCAAAGUGGUUCAGAGUUUCAUUUAAUAACGACUAAUGAAAUUCAAGAAAAUGAUUAUCGAGAAAUUGAACGAUCCAGACGAAAAUUUUUAAUUAUUUUUAAAACUGCGCAAGUGAUUUUGUUAUUGAUUAGUUUAACUUUGCUAAUAAUUGGAAGUCAUUUGGUCGAAAAAACAAUUUACGCAAAUAUUACGUUCAUUGUUCAUGGAGCGUUUUUAAUGUUUCCAAUUGUCGUUUUAAAUAAUCCAGGCUUUUAUUCAACAAAAAAUCUUAUGGGCUAUAAUCUUGUAGCCGUUAUUUUGAUUUUAACGAAUGGUGCCAUGUCUGUUGCCCAUUGGAUUCAAAUCCAACAACAUAUCGCCAAUUCAAGCAUGGUUAUCGAUCCGACAACAUUAUCCUAUCAUCAAAUGAAAGGAUUUUCUGGAAUACUACAACUAUUAACUGGUGUAUCUUAUUUAAUUGAAACAAUCGUAUUUCUACUAUGGAAUUUUUCCUAAUAGAAAAAUUAUUGAAGGAAAAUAUAUGAAAUGUAUCAUAUAUUUAUAUAAAUCAUCGCAAAGAUCAUGGACUUGAUUCAUUAUGGCUGGACCCCAAAUUAUCAGUCAUUUAUAUUUUAUUGGAAUGAAAUUAUAUAUUAAAAGAAUUGUACAUAAAAAUAAAUGAAACCCAGAUGUGGUUUCAGAAAAAAAAGGAAUUUGGAUUUUUAUGCUUGAAUGUGUUGUGGUACGAGAGUUUGUGGCAAAAAAUUGAAUGAUUUUCGUCAAAAGUUAUAUUUUAACGUUGACGUAUUGUUUAUUUCAACGUUGACGUAUUUUUUUAACGUAUUGUCGUCAGAGACCCGGGUGUUGGAAUGUGAGAAAUAUUUUGUAGUCAAAGAUGUCUAAAUGUUCAA